UGGACAUGUGGAUGCUCAGUAGCGCAGGAUACAUAUGUGUAUGAUUGUCUCAGCUGGUGUACAUCUGGAGGAACGUAUUGCCAUUUCCACCAGGCCAUUGGCCGUCGGGCAGCAUGAGUAUCAGUACUGAGUCUUACUUGAGAAAGAGCAGGUGUAGGAGGAGAGGAUGGACGAAACACGUUCCUACCGCAGCACGGAUUGAGUGAGACCACCAGUCAAGGCCGUCGGCGAUGCUAUUUGUGCAGUAGUGCUCCGACAAGUGGGCAGUCGCAUUGUUCCUCGCAAUUACUCGGCCAGAUUGCACGACGGUGUACUUUGUCGCCAUGGCAGUGUUAAAGUCUAUAUAGCGCGCAGCGCACUGCAUCUCUCCAUAUCCCCCAGUCCCUCCGCUAUCCCAUGUCAUUCCACAUCGCAAUCUUCGGCGCGUCAAAAGGCAUCGCCAACCAUGUCCUACAUGACCUCCUCCCCACAGCGAGGAUCACGCUGCUUCUCCGCAACCCUAAUGUAUUCGACGCCGACGCCGCCGUCAUGGACGCUGUCAAGGAUGGUCGCGUUAAACUCGUCCAGGGAGACGCGACAGUCGAGGCAGACGUCGAGCGCGCGAUCGAGAGCGCAGAGGUGGUGCUGACUUCUAUCGGCGGCACUCCAUCCUUCACGCUCCGCGGCUUCAAACUCGACAACCCAACAGUCUGCACCGACGCCGCGCGCGCGCUCCUCCGCGUGCUCUCUCGCAUCCCCCUCUCGGCUCGCCCCCGCGUAAUCGCAAUUUCAAGCAUGGGCAUCGGCACAAACCACAGCACCAUGCCGCUCCCGCUGCGCAUCCUCUACCCGUGGCUCCUGUCCGGCCCGCACGCGGACAAAGAGGGGCUCGAGUAUCUCCUCUUACGGGCGGCGAGUGCCUUUGACGCGCCUUCGUUACCCGCCAUCUUGGCCAUCUCCGGUUCCGCCGACACCUCCGCCGACCCCGCCCUCGAAAACAUCCUCCCACACCUCAUACUCGUCCGCCCCGCCCUCCUUACGGACGGCGCCCCGGCCGCCGUGCGCGCCGCGGAAGACCUUAGUGCCUACUCGGUCUCCAGAGCCAGCGUGGGGCGCUGGAUCGCGCAGCACUGCAUGCCGGACCAGGACCAGUGGGUGAAUCGCGCGCCGGUGUUGGGGUAUUAGCGAGGCAUAGUAGCGAGGAGAAUGGCUGCGGUUAAUAAUAGCGAAGAAUAUAGACUUGAAUAGGUUUGAUGAGAGCAUUCAGUUCCGC